AUGCCAGUUAAUGACUUCAAAUAUCCCAACUUGACAGGGUGGUGGCCCUAUUGGAUGGACUACCUGAGUCCAACUCAUAUGAUGCAGAGCUUGGAAGGCAAGAGGGUCAUUGAGCUGGGAGAAGUCGACCUGAACUGUCCUUCCAACUGCCAAAUUCAUAAUACCCAUUUCUUCGGAACCGACAGACAGAUCAUAAGGAGAGGGCAAGCCUUCAGCUUUUAUGCUCGCUUCCAAAAUCGGGAAUGGGAUGACUCUGUGGACCAGGCCAUUUUCACCGUGGAGACAGGUCUCAGACCCUGCGAAUCAAAUGAGACGAAAUGUACCUUCCCAAUGGGCAGAUGUCUAGAUCAAACCUGCUGGAGUGCUUCCUACAAAAUUCAUCAUCCAAAAUGCAUCAGUAUCAGCGUGUUUCCUCCCUCCAACGCCUGUGUUGGCCGUUAUAUUCUCAAUAUGCAAAUCACAUCUUGUGGUCACACAUAUCAGCGAUGUCUUGGAGAUUUCUAUGUCCUUUUUAACCCUUGGUGUGCAGAUGACCCUGUAUAUAUGGACAAUCAGGCCCAUAGGGAAGAAUAUGUUCUGAAUGAACAUGGGAUACUGUAUGAAGGAGUUCACAAGCAUAUUACCUCUCGCCCAUGGCACUUUGGACAGUUUGAAGAUGGGAUUCUAGAUAUCUGCUUGAAGAUCCUAGACAUGGGUGCAAGUUACCAUCAUGGCUCUGACCGUGACCAUUGUUGGCGCAAUGAUCCUGUGCAUGUCAGCAUGGUGGUAAAUCACAUGAUAAGCAGCCAUACCACUAAUAGUAUCAUGAAGAUUCCAGAAAACAACGAUUACCUGAAAGGAACAAAACCAUUUUGCUGGAAUGGAAGUGUCUCUAUUCUUCAGCAGUGGUACAACGGCAGAUGCAGGCCAGUCAGAUAUGGGUACUGUGGGUCUCUUGCUUCAGUAAUGUGCACAGUGAUGAGGUGUUUGGGAAUUCCAAGCCGUGUUGUCACGAACUUCUGUUUUCCAUGCUCAAUUGAGAAUCCCCUUGGUAUCAAUGAGAUUUUUGACUAUACUGGAAAAAACCUGUGUGGUAAAGACAAGCUAUGGCGAUAUCACUGCUGGAAUGAAUCUUGGAUGGCUCGCAGAGACCUAAAUCAAUGCUGUGGUGAUUGGCAGUGUCUGGAUCCAACACCUUUGGAAACAGGCAGAGGUUCAGCUUGCAGCGGUCCUACAUGGGUUCGAAGCAUCAGAGAAGGGGAACUGGACUUGGACUAUGAUGGUCAUCAUAUGUUUUCUCGAGUAAAUUCAAACUAUGUUGGCUGGCUUUCCCAAAACAAUGCUAAAAAAACAAAAUUUUUCUGCGAUGCUUGGCCAUGCGGACAACAUCUAAUCACCAAGAGUGUGGGCAGUGAGCAAUUCGAAGAUAUCACUGGGGCUUACAAGUAUGAACUAGGUUCUGUGAAAAACAAAGAAGCCUAUUACCGGGCUUACAGACGAAUUCAUCCAGGAUAUUGCAAUGCUUCCAACUGUCAUAUUGAGAGAGACUUAUCGUCUCUGAAAAACCCUUUUUUGAGUGACUCUGGUAUUAACAUGAGGUUAAAGAUGGCUAACUGCCCAAUGUAUGGUGAAGAUGUCCAACUGCACUGGCUGCUGGAAAAUUUGCGUAGUGAAAACAAAACCCUGAAAUUUAAUUUGUCUGCACAAAUAAUAACCUACAGUGGUUGCCCAAUGGAUCAGUUUUGGAAAGACAGUGUGAAUGUCACGUUGGGUCCAAGGGAAGUGAAAAAAAUUCCACUGUGUAUAUCAUAUAGUCAAUAUGGACCUUAUCUCUGUGAUCACAACAUUAUGAAAGUAGUUGCUGUCUCAGAUCCAGAGUGUGGAGAAGUUCUGAUGGUGAGCAGGGAUAUCGUGAUCAACAGGCCACCUGUUAUCAUAAAGCUACUGAGCCAGCCCAGGCUUAAAAUACCAUGUACUGCAGAGAUCUCCUUCUGCAAUCCUCUCCAGGAAGAUAUGAAGAACUGCGUAAUGACGUUAGAAGGCUGUGGUUUAUUCAAAGAGCCGCUGACCAUUGAUUUGGGAACGUUGGCAGCCAACCAACAGGCACGGACCAUCGUGGAGUUCACACCUUACAGGCUUGGCAGCCACCGCCUCCUGGCCAACUUCGGAUGCCACAAGUUUGCCUACUGCAAGGGAUGCGCCAAGGCUGAAGUGUGUUGCCCCACAGGCCAGAACGGCACCCUGCCCAUCAGCCAGAAUGGGUCGCUCCCAGUGUGUGAGAACGGCUCCCUCCCCAUGAACAACUCUGGGCCUGUUCCCGUGGCAGAUCCUGCGUUCAACUCCACGUGUGAAUACAUAUGUAUCCCAGUGUGCAACCCAAACUGCAGUGCAGGAGGCCAGCCUGUGUAUGACUUCGUGUACCUCCCUGCAGGCCAUCCCUUAUGCAACUCCAUCUGCAACCAAGGCUUCAAUCCAAGUGCCAAUCCUGGUUUCAACCUGGGAAGCGAUCCUGGCUUCCGUGUCAUAUGUGAGACUGUGCCUCCCGCUACGUGUGCCCCGAUGCCUCCGUCCAUGUAUGGCUCCAUGCCUGCCCCAACAUCCAACCCCGUGUGCCCCCCUAUGCCUCACGUGGUGUUCGAGACGGGUCCUGCUCCCACGCACCAGCCUGGAGGCGGAGGGGGACCGAUGUCCUACUCUGUCUCUGUUCCCACAAAUAAUGCGGUGAGUGCCCUGCUGACCCACUUCAUGGCUGGCUCUGGUCCCACUGUGGCAACCCAGGCAGUCCCUACCCAUAUGUCUGCUCUGCCAUCCCACCCUAUGUGCUCUCCAGUAGCCCAUGCUGUCGGCAGUCCCAUGCCGCCACCAGCUGCUCUUUCAGUGCCUGCUGCCUCCAUCUCGCAUGUCGUCUGUGGCUCCGCACCCUCUCCCACUGCCCAGCCUCCGUGUGGCUCAAUGGCCACCCUGCCCUCCCAACCCCUCAGCACCCCGGUAGCCCAUGGCAUGUGCUCCCCAGGCCCCUGCCCAGCAGCUUCCCCGGUGCCCCACUCUGCCACCCGUAGUGCCACCCCAGCAGGGCUGCAGAUGGGGAGUGCCCCGGUGGCCCAUUCGCUGUGCUCCCCGGCUCCCCGCCCUGUGGGACCCCCAGCGGCCCACUCGCUGUGCUCUCCGGCCCCCCGCCCAGUGGGGCCCCCCGCAGCUCACUCACUGUGCUCCCCCACCUCUGUCUCACUGGGGGCCACGGGGGCCCGCCCCACCAGCUCACCUGCUGCUCGCCCUUAG